AUGUCAAAUCGAGGCGGAAGGGAUCGGGAUCGGUCUAGAAGGGACUAUCCUUCAAGAUAUGAAGACAAUAAAGGGAAUGGUAGUUCAGGUCGCGGUGGUGGCAGCAGCGGCAAUAAUGGCAAUCCUCCUUCCAGACACCUUUGGGUAGGGAAUCUAUCCCACAACAUUGUAGAAGAUGAACUUACUCAUCCUUUCAUACGAUUUGGACCGUUGGAAAAAGUUGCGUUUCAGUCUGGUAGAAGCUAUGCUUUCAUCAAUUUUGAAGUGGAUGAAGAUGCCAUUGAUGCCAUGAGAUCGCUGCAGGGUUUUCCUCUCGCUGGCAACCCACUUAGAAUCGAGUUUGCAAAGGCGGACAAGCCUUCGACAGUAACACAUGAUGAAGAUUAUUCACGUGAUGAACGCAGAUCAGCGAUAAGGGGAUCUCCUUUCCCCCAACGAGAGUUUAGAGGACGUCAUGGUAGCCCUGAACCACAUUAUUCUGACAAAUCCAAAAUGAGUGAUAAAAAUCCAGAGCCCAGUGAGGUUUUAUGGAUUGGGUUCCCAGCUCAGUUGAAGGUGGAUGAAUCAAUUUUGGAUAGGGCUUUUUCUCCAUUUGGUGAGAUUGUGAAGAUUUCAACAUUUCCCGGUCGUAGUUAUGCGUUUGUUCGCUACAGAAAUCAGAAUUCAGCAUGCAGAGCAAUAGAUGCUCUGAAGGGAAAGUUAUUUGGGAAUCCCCGUGUACAUAUUUGUUUUGCCAAGAGUGAAUCAGGUUCAUCAAGCAGUGGGAAGAGCUCAUUUAAUGGCCCUCGAUCCCCAUCUUACAAGUCAAGUGGCCUUGGUGGAUCUUCUGAGAACUUUAGGCAGGAUUGGAGCUUUCCCGGGGAGCAGAACAUUAGUUCUCCAAAUAUGUUUGGGAAUUGGGAUUCUCGAGAUUCUGAUUUUAACAACAGGGGUUAUGAGCCAAGGAAAAUUGGAGAGAAGGGCGCUCCACUAGGAGUAUCACAAGAAUUCUAUGAACAUCAAAAUAGUCCAUCAAGAGAAAGACACUUUCAUCAGGGUGAUUUUCCACAGAAUUAUCCUAAGAGGGGUCCAUUUUUUGAAGAUCCGCAUGGCUUGCCUGAAGACGCACCUUAUCUUCAUGUGGCUAAAAAGCUAAAGAGUGGCUCUUCUCCUCCUGAGAGAGAGCUUCCAGAGUAUGCUUUCUCUGAGCUAGAAAGACAAAAACAUGUUUUUCCUAGACCAUUACCUGAUUUUCCUCACCGUGAGCCUUUCGAUAAAAGCUUUGACGCUGGAAACUUCACUUAUGGACAAACAUUUAAUCACCCACCAAAUUCACCUCUGGUUCGCAUGGAUAGACAUGAUGGCUGGAAACCUUAUGACACUUUCCAAAUGGGUCCUGGUGCUCGCCAAUCAAAUUUUAUUGAGAAAAAAAGAUUUACACCUGAACCUGAUAAUUCAUCUUCAUCUGAGUGGAAAUGGGAAGGAACCAUUGCUAAAGGUGGGACUCCUAUUUGUCGUGCCCGCUGCUUUCCUGUAGGGAAAGUCCUUGAUAUCGCAUUACCUGAAUUCUUGGAUUGCACUGCAAGAACUAGUCUAGACAUGCUUUCAAAACAUUACUACCAAGCAGUUGGUGUUUGGGUUGUUUUCUUUGUGCCGGGAAGUGAUGCUGACAUUGAAUUCUACAAUGAGUUUAUGCAUUAUCUGGAGGAAAAGCAGCGCGCUGCUGUUUCUAAAGUGGAUGAUAAGACUACCUUAUUUCUUGUACCUCCAUCAGAGUUCUCAGAGAAAGUGUUAAAGGUACCUGGUAAAUUGAGCAUAUCUGGUGUUAUUCUUAGGUUGGAAUAUCCCGGUUUAAACCAAGGUCCUAUGCACAUUGAAAGAGAAAUGAAAAACGAAAACCUCUCGUCCUAUAAUGAGAACAUUUUGUAUCCAAAUUCAUCUUUUUCAUCCGCUCGCAUACAUACAAACCCACCAUCUAUUUCAGAAUUGGGUAAUUCUGGAACCAGAAGCAACCUUUCAUUUCUUGGAAGCAAAUUUCCAGCAGCUCCAUUAGUAUCGAAUUCAGCCCAUUCUGAAGCUGGCAUGUCUGAGGCCUAUGAUGGAAGAAAUCAUGACUAUCCAUCCAUCCAGCCACGAACAUCGGGACCAAACUGGGCUCCUCACAAUCCGCAUAACUUCAACUCUAACAGAGCUUUACCUUCACAUCUAUUCAGCGGUGCUGUUGAACCUAUUGCCGAGGAGCGUCACCUCCUCAGCAACAUAAAUUCAACUCAACACUCCAGCGGAAAUUCUGGCAUUCCAUUUGGCGGUAACAUGUCAUCGCAUCAGGAAAUGAGAAAUUUCGAUCCUUCAACCCCUGUGGGAUCCCUUCAACCAGAACAGCUUGCACAGCUAGCUGCAACUCUUCUUGAGCAGCAGAGGCAUUUGGGAAGCUCCAUGAGCACAUCUGCAAUGAGUGAUCCCAGGCAGAACAGAUUUAAUGAGUCAGAAGCCUCAUCCAGACCAUCAUAUGCAGCAGAAAACAACCUUGCGAAUUCUGAGCUCUCAACAUCUCAGUUUGGUCAUCACGGUCUACAGUUGCAAAAGCAACAACAACAACAGCAAAUGAUGCCAAAUGUGCCACAGUUUUCACAGACGGUUCAAAGAGAAUUACCAAGAGAAGUUAAUGGAAAUCAGCAGUUGGCAGAUCAUGGUUUGCAGGAAGACGGAGAUGCAGAUCCACAGAGGCGUUUACAAGCAACACUAAAGCUGGCUGCUACUCUACUCCAGCAAAUCCAUCAAGAAAAAGGGAAUUAA